AUGAGCUUGCAGACCUUACAAACCAAGAGUUCACAAGCACAAGGAACCCAUUCAAGGCACACGAAUGUUCCUCAUCGACCUCUGCGUUCAGGUAAAUUGGUCUCUCUAUCUGAACAAGAGCUUGUGGAUUGUGACACCAGUGGUCAGGAUCAUGGAUGUGAGGGCGGUCAUAUGGAAGACACCUUUGAUUUCAUCCUAAAAAAUAAAGGCCUUACUAUAGAGAGCAACUACCCGUACAAAGGAGUCGAUGGCACCUGCAACAACAACGAGGAAUCUAACCAUGCUGCAGUGAUUACGGGUCAUGAAGACGUUCCUGCUAAUAGUGAAAGUGCACCUUUGAAAGCUAUAGCUAGUCUGCUUAUUUCUGUGGCCAUUGAUGCUAGUGGGUCCGACUUCCUAUUCUACUCUAGCGGGGUGUUUACAAGAGAAUGUGGUAUUGAAAUAGACAAUGGUGUUACUGCGGUUAGUUAUGGAGCGAGUGCUGACGGAACUAAAUAUUGGCUCGUGAAGAACUCUUGGGGAACAGGUUGGGGUCAAGAGGGGUACAUAAUGAUACAAAGAGAUAUUGAUACGCAAGAAGGCCUUUGUGGCAUUGCCAUAAUGGCUUCCUACUCGACUGCAUAA